AAAUUUCAACAGGGGCACGGUUUGUGUUGUUGUUUUGAAUUUGGAGCACUGCUUUGGCACUCAUCGUGGCUAGCUAUAACUUAAACUGUAGCUACCGAUUUUCUAGUGAACUAUUUCUUCCAAAUCUAAGCCAUGUCUUUUUCAAGAGCUCCAGUGAAGCGAUUUAAUGAAAAUAUCGGCUGCGCCCCAGCACCGGGCACCUACGAGCUGAAACCAGGAGAGGUGAAGGGACCUGCUUCUUUCCGCCGGUCAGAGCGCUUCAAACUGCUCAAGGCCAGCGAUGGUCCCAGCAUCCUACCACCAUCUCCUUCUACAGAUGUGUUCAUGUCACCUGUGGCUGUGCGUAGGACCAUGUCUGUGGAUGGUCUGGUUGACGGGUCCAUGUCAAAGAAAGACAAGAGUGGCCCAUCGAUGCAGAUGAAGCAGCAGAAACUCCUGGAGAAAGAGAUCCGCUCCCUAGUGCAGCAGCGCGGGGCGCAGGACAGGCGCCUGGUAACCCUGGAGGAGGAGCUGAGGAAGUUGGAGGCCAAGCUGUUGUCUGCGGUCAGGGAGAAGACUGGUCUGGCAGCUAACUUCACCACCCUGGAGAGACAGCUGGCUGAGCUCAAGAAGACUAACGAGUUCCUCAAGAACAAGGUUUCUGCAGACACUACUAAGAAGAGAUUCCAGUCUAUGUCUAUGGAGCUGAUGGAGGCAAGAAACAAACUGGAUGUCAAGGACAAGGAGCUGAGUUUCCUGCAGAUCAGUACAGAGGACCAGGUGAAGUUGCUGGAGACAGACCUGGAGGCUGCCAGAGCUACACUCACUGCCCUGAGGGAGAGGAACGAGGACCUGGAGGACCUCCACCACGACACCAAAGUCCACAACGAGGAGCUGGAGAAUGAGAUGGAUACACUGCAAGCUGUGAUCCAGGAGCUGAGAGAGGAAGUCAAUGUUCUUCAGGGUUACCUGGACACAGCCAACGACCACAUCCAGGACCUGCGUAUGAAGCUUCGUGAGAGGACAGAGAUGGAGAACAGCAUGUCUGAGUCUCAGCACGAGAAACUGGGUCAUCUUGAGCAGAAACUGGAGCAGUGCACCGCGGAGCUGCGGAUCUCUCAGAACAUUCUCCGUCAGAAGGAGGAGGAGUCAGAGAGAAGUCAACAGGACCUGCAGGCUUCCCGGGAUGCUUUGCAGGAGACCGAGAAGCUUCUGGAGCGGCGAGAGGCGGAGCUGACGUCCUCCCAGAAGGCAUUGGGAGAGAUGGUAACACAGAUGCAGCGGGCCAACCAGGAAGUGUCUGACUCCCAGAGUGCAGUGCAGCAACAGGAUGCGGAGGUAGUGCGUCUGAGGGAGGUGCUGAGGAGGACAGUGGAGGAGCUGGAUGAGAGAGCAGCUCACCUGGGAGAGAAGUGCAAAAUCCUGGAGGAGGAGAGAAAUAGGGGCCAGGGGAAGGUGGAGGAGCUGACUGCAGAGCUGAGCCUCCUGCAGGAGAACUGGAGGAGUGAAAAGGAGGUGCAGGAGCAGCUGGCGCAGACGCACACCUCCCUGGCUGAGGAGCUGAAGAAGGAAAAGGAGCGUGCAGCCUCCCUGGCCUCGGUGCUGGAGAGAGUUAGGGAGGAGACCGAGGACGAGAGGAAACAGUUGGAGGAUGAGUUGGAGGAGGCUCUAGUUGAGCUGUCGGUUCUGGAGUUGCAGGAAGAGAGGAGGGAGGAGGAGGAGAAGAGGAGAGAGGAGGCCUUACAGAGUUUCCAGCAGGAGAAGACUGAGAUGGAGAGGGAACUGACUGAGACCAGAGCACUGCUAGACAGGAGGAGCAGUGACGUGGAGGCGCUGGAGAAGGUGCACUGUGCUGAAACGAGGAGGCUGCAGGAGGAACACACUACCUCCCUCAGCAAGAUGGGACACAUGGCCACAGAACUGGAGCGCACCAGACAGGCCCUGAAGGGAGCAGAGGAGAGGAGUAGAGCGCUGGAGAAGGAGGUGGAGAGGGUAACUAAGCAGAUGGAGAGAGUGAAUCAACAGGAGGAGGUGAAAAAGCUGAGGGAGGAGAUGGAGGAGGAGCAGGAGAAACAUCUAGCUAACCAGCAGGGUCAGGAGAAAGCCAGAAAGGACUAUUCAAGAAUUCUGUUGGAGGUAGAGACACUUCUAGCUCAGAGAGAUGAUGAAAUGAAGAGGGCUGAGGAGGAGGUGCAGAGACAGCUGCAGGAGGAGAGGAUGGAGAAAGAGGAGGUGCAAAGGCUACUCCAGCAAGCUAGAGAGGAGAAAGAGGAGCUUCAAAGGCUAUUUAAGAAAACUAAAGAGGAGGUGCAGAGGCUACUGGAGCAGGAGAAAGGAGAGGGGGAAAUGCAGAGGAGAGAGUUGAAGCAAGGGUUGUCAGAGGAGGUGGGGGGACGAGAGAGACUGGUAGAGGAGGGGAAGCUAGCUCUUCAGUGCUUGGUAGGGGAGGUGGAGAAACCGAGCCUUCAAAACCAGCCGGAGAAGAUGGAGGACCAGGUAAAGAAAUAUCUGCCAUCUCUAGAGAACCACAUGAAGGAGGUAGAGAAAGAGAGGGAUGAUUUGAAAACAGUAGUGGUGUUUGAAAUAGACAAACAGGGCCUUCAGGACCAGGUAGAACUAAUACACAACCAACUGGAGAAGGCCGAGGAACAGAACCAGGUAGAACUGAUGGAAGAGAAGGUUUCUCUCCAGAGCCAGGUGGAUGUGGUGGUCCAGGAGGUUUCUCUCCAGAGCCAGGUGGAUGUGGUGGUCCAGGAGGUUUCUCUCCAGAGCCAGGUGGAUGUGGUGGUCCAGGAGGUUUCUCUCCAGAGCCAGGUGGAUGUGGUGGUCCAGGAGGUUUCUCUCCAGAGCCAGGUGGAUGUGGUGGUCCAGGAGGUUUCUCUCCAGAGCCAGGUGGAUGUGGUGGUCCAGGAGAAGGUGACUCUCUAUUGGGAGAUGGAGGAACAGAGAAGAGACUUCCAGAGAAUGCUGCUGGAGACUCAAGACAAGAGUGAUGCAGAGACGGAACACUGGAGGAGACAGUACGAGGAGCUCUAUGCCAAGGUCAAGCCCUUCCAGGAGCAGCUGAAUGAGUUUUCUGCGGAGCGAGACUCACUACUGAAUGAGAACGGGGCGAACCAGGAGGAGCUAACACGGCUAGCGGACGCCUACGCUCGUCUGCUUGGCCACCAGAACCAGAAACAGAAGAUCAGAUACGUGGUGAAGCUCAAAGAUGAGAACAUUUCCCUCAAACAGGAGCUGUCUAAGCUGCGUGCCCAGGUGUCCCGUCAGAAGAAGGGAGGCCAGCCCCAACGCAGGGUUGACCCCAGCAAAGCCUUCAGCAACCAGGACAGCAAGGAGAACCAGCAGCCUGCUGCCACACCUCUCAGACACACCAGCAUUUCCUUUAGCGGGAAACCGCUGUUGAAAGUUACACAGACCGACAAUGGCCAGAUGCUAGUAGAAGGCACCAACUGCCCUGAGUGAACAGGACAAAUCAUUUUGAGUCAUGAGGAUGUUGGUGUUUGCAACCCUGUAUAUGUUUUAGGGGAAACAAAUGCCUUUAUUUUCCCAUCCUAUCGAGCCAUCAGAACCAACGUGUGAAUGAUAUCCGUUUCAGCAUGAAGCAUGCCCCUGUCGUCUUUCUUUUGCUACAUAAGCAUUCAUAUUAAGCACUAAAUAAAUGUUUUGUUUGUU